CGAGUGUUUUCCCGCAGGCUGUUUCUGGGACUCUUAUUUUAUCUGGAGAGUUCUGUUGACUUUCUGGAGAAAUGUGCGCUGAAAGGUGCCUCACAAACGUUGAUCUGAUGUUGGAGAAGGAGGAGGAGGAGGAUGCUGUGAAGCAGGAGGACCAGAUGGAGCAGAAGAGAGAAGAAGCUACAUGCUGCAGUGGGAGAGGUAAAGAGGCGGACAGGAGGUCAGACAGGAGGUGUUCAUUGGAGCAGGAUGAGGGUCCAGAGGAGAAGAUCGCUGGUCGUGAUGUUGCAGGUGGACGUCUGGUCUGGGACAUUCCUGCAGGCAGGAGGUUUGGGGGUCUCCCCGCGCAGUGGUCUGUCGGGCAGGAGGUGGUGGACGUGUUUGAGUGCUGUUUGGAGGAGGUGGAGCAUCUCCAGCUCAGACGGGAGACCCUGGUGCAGGAGCUGCUGGCAUUAGAGCGCCCCCUGCAGGCUCAGCUGCAGGACCUGCGGCUGCAGCUCACACACGCGCGCAGCCGCCUCUCACAUGCAGAGCUGCACACACGCACGCUGCAGGAGGAGGUGAAGCGCGUGAAGAGGAAACUGUUCACCGUGAUGAGAGACUGCAUCCAAAGCCAGAUCACCCUCUCAGCGCAGAAAUACGAGGUGGAGCAGUUCACCUUCAUACAGGAGGAGCUGCAGGACGAGGUGCUGCAGCGGCUGCAGGAGUUAACGCAGCUGCGUGAGAACCAGCAGAGCAGACUGGCCACACUGAGGGAGCAGCUGCAGGGUCAGCACCGUCCACGGGCCGCCAAUGACCUCUCUCACUGCCGCCGAGCCUCGGCUGACCUCUCCCGCUACACACGGGCCAGCAUGAAGAGCCUGGAGGAGUGGUAUGAGCCGCGCUUGCUGGCCAUGCUGAGGAGGAAGCAGGCGAGUGAGGACACUCUGAAGAAGAGCCGGGAACUCGGGCAGGACCUGAAGAAACGUCUGGAGCCGCUGAGAGAGGAAAGCCGGAAGAUGGAGCUGGAGAGAGAACAACUGCAGCAGAGGAUCGAACUGAUGGAGGAGGAGAAGAGAGAGAGAGUAGCACAGCACAGGGAGACGGUGUCGUCAUUAGAGGAGCGCGUGAGGGAGCUACAGACAGGGAUCCAGAUUCAGAUCAACACCAACAGACAACUGACUGAGAUCAACCACUGCCUCACCGCGCAGAGCCAGGUGUACAGGAGGUGUUUAGGCUACACUGACGGACCAGAAACUCCAGAUGAAGAGACAGAAACAGAGAUUCAGUAGAAACACUAACGCACGUCCACUCACACGGUCACCUACAGACCUACACACACAAGCCACUUCAUUAAGUCCACCUCCUCGUUUCUACGCUCACUGUCCACUUUAUCAGCU